AUAUCAAAUGGGACAAAAUGUAGGCAAGCUAAUUGGUCAACAAUGUUUGACAGCUUUAGUGGGUGUUAGAGAAAAAAGGCAGCCUGAUUUUUGGUAGACAUUUUGAUUAUAACGUUUGUUUUUUAACUUACGUUUUACUUUUGGAUAAAUACGUCGUGUCGCAUAUUUCGAGGACAUCUUGGAAAAUAAGCAAAGCUCCGUUUAGGUGCGCUGACAGGAAAAUAUCUGGUAGCGUUUUUGAGAGGCAUAAAUCUGGACGUUCUCAGGAGGCUUGUACUAGCUUUUAGAUGAACCAAACUUAUACGUAUUCAUAGAUCAUGGUGGAAAACUCUCCCUCUCCCCUGCCUGAGAGGGCCAUUUAUGGGUUUGUUCUUUUCCUUGGCUCACAGUUUGGCUUCUUUCUGUACUGUCUGUGGGCAUUUAUACCAGAGGAGUGGCUUCAUUCAAUAGGGCUCACUUACUGGCCUCAAAAAUAUUGGGCCCUUGCUGUGCCGAUCUAUCUGCUGGUUGCAUUAGUGAUCUUUGUAGUGUUGCUGUUCGGAGUGAACAUGAAUAACACGGCUCCACUCGACUCCGUGGACAACAUCACAGAUGUGUACGCUCAAGGCCAGAGGACAGAAGACUGCCGCAAGGGGGGAAUACCCAGACUGAAAGAUGUUUCCAUUAGUGAAGUCAACAAAAUGUUCUAUUUGUCACCCAAGCUAUAACAGACAGAAACUGAUUUUGGCUGGAGGCAGAGUAGAAGUGAAGCUGCUGGGGAUUUAUUGUGGUGUCACUGUUUACCCUUUGUUUAUAAAAGAAGGAUUGUGCAUUAUUUAUUUAUCCAGGAAUAAUGCAACAUGGGGCAAAGAUGUACUGAAUGAAUUGACUUUUGUUGGUGCUUUCCAGAUCUAUAUUGGACAAAAUGAUGUGCGGUGUGCAUGUGAAUAACCGUGAUAUGCUGAAUGUGAUGUAACACAAUAUCAUGACACAAACAAAUGAAUUUAUUGUCAGAGCAACUUGUACACUGGAUAAAAAAGGUAUCAAAUGAUUAUAUUCAAUAAAUUACAUACUAUUUUA